AUGAAUGGCCCCGGCAUGGAGGAAACGCCGUUUCAGAAAGUCAAGACCCGGCGCAAGAAGAGCCACUGUCCGCCCGGGGUUAUCGCGUGCGAGGAUGAGUUUGACUGCAAGGAGCUCGAGUCCCUCUUUCACGACUAUAACCUGAAGCUGGAGCAGACUUCCACCAUGAAAGCGCUGGCCGUGCUGCUGCUGCUAUCCACCUCUCUCAGUCUGCUGGAGCUGCUGUCCGGACCGAACCUCACCGUCUCCAAGGGCUCUUACCCCGUACACUUCAUCAUCUUCAUCGCGCUCUUUGUCGUCACCAAUGUCAAGUACCUGCAGGUGAUGCAGCUGCAGCAGAUCAUUCACCUGACCCUGCUCUUCAGCUUCACCUUCUGCAUCCUCUGCUGUCCAUUCCCACUCAUCUCCGGAGCUUCUGGUCCAGAUCAGGGCGUGUGGCAGCUCGUUCUGCUCACAUUCGUGACGUAUUCUCUCCUGCCCGUCCGGACGCUGCUGGCACUGCUGUUCGGAAUCAUGGUCAGCGUAUCGCACAUGAUUGUCACAGCAACGUCAGUCAAAACGCACAAACUGUGGAGAAUGCUGGUUGCAAACACAAUGCUUUUCACAGGUAUGAAUCUGUCGGGUCUGUUUGUACGGAUACUGACGGAGCGAGCGCAGAGGAAAGCUUUUCUACAGGCCAGAAACUGCAUCGAGGAGAGACUGCGUAUGGAGGACGAGAACGAGAAACAGGAACGUCUUUUAAUGAGUCUGUUGCCAAGGAAUGUUGCGAUGGAGAUGAAGGAAGAUUUUCUUAAACCACCAGAGAGGAUCUUUCACAAGAUCUACAUCCAACGGCAUGACAACGUCAGCAUCCUGUUUGCGGAUAUCGUGGGCUUCACUAGUCUGGCUUCGCAGUGCACGGCUCAGGAGUUGGUCAAACUGCUCAAUGAGCUCUUCGGCAAGUUUGAUGAGUUGGCCACGGAGAAUCACUGUAGGCGAAUCAAGAUUCUGGGCGACUGUUACUACUGUGUUUCAGGACUAACUCAACCCAAAACUGACCACGCUCACUGCUGUGUGGAGAUGGGCCUGGACAUGAUCGACACCAUCACGUCAGUGGCUGAAGCUACAGAGGUGGAUCUGAACAUGCGUGUGGGAUUGCACACGGGACGUGUGCUCUGUGGGGUGUUGGGUCUCAGAAAGUGGCAGUAUGAUGUGUGGUCAAAUGACGUGACGCUGGCCAAUAUGAUGGAAGCAGGUGGACUGCCAGGGAAAGUUCACAUCACAAGCUCGACACUGGAGUGUCUGAAUGGAGAUUAUGAGGUGGAACCAGGAAACGGUCGAGAGAGACACCCGUUCCUGCUCAAACACAACAUAGAAACCUUCUUCAUAGUGCCAUCUCACCGCAGGAAGAUUUUUCCUGGUCUGAUACUUUCAGACAUCAAACCUGCCAAAAAGAUGAAGUUUAAGACGGUGUGUUAUUUACUGGUGCAGCUCAUGCACUGCAGAAAGAUGUUCAAAGCUGAGAUCCCAUUCUCAAACGUCAUGAAUCUCGAGGAUGGAGAUAAGGUACAGGGUGAGACUGUACGCAUGUUAAACUGUAUCUGUGAUUGGCAGAGACGUGUGCUCCGCUCCGCACCAGAGAAGCUGAGGAACCGAACGCCAGUGUCAGCGAACCCCACUCAGAGUAGUCCAGGAACACGGGUGAACCGCUACAUCAGCCGCCUGAUCGAAGCACGACAGACAGAGUCCGACACUGCCGACUUAAACUUCCUCACGCUCAUGUAUAAAAACUCUGAGCGUGAGCAGAGAUAUCAUCAGUUGAAUGAUGAGUAUUUCACUGGAGCAGUGCUGCUGGCUCUCAUUCUUGCUGCACUGUUCGGCAUCAUCUAUCUACUAAUCAUACCACAGGGGACUGUCGUGCUGCUGCUGUUGGUUUUCUGCAUCUGUUGUUUAGUCGCUUGUAUCAUGUAUCUGCACAUCACUAGAGUUCAGUGUUUUCCAGGGUGCCUCACCAUACAGAUCCGCACAGUUCUGUGUGUGUUCAUAGUGCUCUUAAUUUACGCUGUGGCUCAGGCCUUUGUGGUAGGCUGUAUGCCGUGGCUUUGGUUCACCAAUUCCACCCACUCCAUCGUGAUCAUUGACGCAACCAGUGGGAUGAACCGCACCAUGACCGAGCUUCCAUGUGAGGGUGUGCAGUAUGCCUUCAUAUCCUGCAUGGUUGGCACACUGACCAUGGCGCUGUUCCUUCGAGUGUCCUGGGUGCCCAAAAUGGUUUUGUUAUUAGUGCUGGUGGUGCUGUACGUCACCAUACUGGAGCUGAGCGGAUUCAGACACACUACAGGAAGGUCUGGCUCAUUCAGUGUUCGCAGUUUGGAGCCCAUCCUGUCUCUGCUGUUGUUCUCCACUGCACUGGCCCUUCACUCCAGACAGCUGGAUCUCAAACUUCGCCUAGACUUCCUCUGGGCCACACAGGCAGAGGAGGAGAGAGACGGCAUGGAGAAAGUGAAACUGGACAACAAGAGAAUUCUCUUUAAUUUGCUGCCUGUGCACGUGGCACAACACUUUUUACUGUCAAACCCCAGAAAUAUGGAUCUCUAUUAUCAGUCCUACGCCCAGGUUGGUGUGCUGUUUGCAUCCAUACCCAACUUUAAUGACUUCUACAUUGAGCUAGAUGGUAAUAACAUGGGCGUAGAGUGUCUCAGACUGCUGAAUGAGAUUAUCGCUGACUUUGACGAGCUCAUGGACAAAGAAUGUUACAAAGAUAUUGAGAAAAUCAAAACUAUUGGCAGCACAUAUAUGGCAGCAGUUGGAUUGGUGCCUACUAUUGGAACCAAGGCAAAAAAAUCCCCUGCAACCCACUUGAGUACAAUAGCAGACUUUGCCAUUGAAAUGUUUGAUGUCCUUGAUGAAAUCAACUAUCAGUCAUAUAAUGAUUUUGUCUUGCGAGUGGGUAUUAAUGUAGGUCCGGUAGUCGCAGGAGUUAUUGGUGCUCGGAGGCCACAGUAUGACAUUUGGGGGAACACAGUGAAUGUCGCCAGUCGCAUGGACAGCACUGGGGUGCCAGGGAAGAUCCAGGUGACAGAAGAUGUCUACCGGUUGCUUCAGAACAACUACGAUCUGGUGUGUCGAGGUAACAUCAGUGUGAAAGGCAAAGGUCAGAUGCUCACCUACUUCCUGGAGGGCAAAGCUCAAGAUGUAGGUAACAGAGCACCUCACCACACCGGUGGUCUGGACAGGCGUGUUCAUGCCAUCGCUCGCACCAGCAGUUCACAAACCAAGAAUGGCAGCACAUCAUCUCUCACCUCAGGCCUCACUGCGAAGGCUGGCGGGAGUCAAAGUCACAGUGCUGCCACUAUCAAUGUGCCUACCGUCGGAGAAGAGGGUGACCCCAAAAAGGACAUAGAAGAAGUGUAGAGGACAGAUCUGAAUAGGACAGAAAAAUGUACUUGGACAUCUCAAAAACGUCAAACUGAGGGACACAGCAGUGGUGAUUACAGCGACAAAACUGUGGCAGGGGAAAAAACUAAAUCAACACUGUUUUACAAAUAAUCAACAAGACAUGAGUAAAAUAUGGAGGACCAAAGAACUCGCAAUGAAAUAAUUAAACAAUAAAUAAUUAACCCCUUAAACAUUGUGGGCAGGGCCAGAAAUGUGCAAUAAGUUUAUAAAAUUAUUUUUAAAAUAAUCAUUUUUCAGAACAACCCAUACAGUCUCAGAUUUUAUUACGCUUUGUCAAGGGGUAUGGGCGCAAUAAUAGGUUUUUGGUGGAUUUCCGCCCCAGCCGUCAAACCAAAGAUAGAUAACACUGAAUUAUAAAGAAGUUUUACAUUUUUCCAGCAGAAAAAGGAUGAUUAACAAAUCAUCUGCUUAAUAUGUUCUUGACUAUUAAUAUAAUAUAUCUCAGCAUUUUAACAACACCUAGACUUAGCUUACUGUCCACUCAGGGGAUGAGAUAUUUGACUAAACUUUGGGGAAGAUGCGUGGGACUGCAAAAUAGACUGAAUGUCUAUGGACGAGCAAAUGGCGAAUGCUCAACUGGGUUAGAACAGCAUCUGCAUUUCAGAUCUGUAUAUUGUGAUGGAGGCAGAUAAAGGGCAAAUUUCUUUUUCCUUGUACUUGCUGCCAUCUAGUGGAAUGAACUGGCACUUUCUGCAGGUACAUGAGAGCAAACAGAGUUUAAUCACAGGCUUUCAAAGACAGGAUAAAAAUGUCUGUUCGUCAUAAGACUGUAAACAUAUGCAAAAUUAUUUAUAAAUGAUUGGAUUUUUUUGUGGUGGGGUUUCUGUAAUAUGAGAGCAAUAUUUUGCAAUAUGAUCACUGUAUGUGUGAACGGUAAGCUUCUAAAUUUGGGUG